UUUAGCUAUUAUGGUCCCUGGAAUCUGUGCACCUUCAACGUCGGAUAUCACGUCGAACAUCACGAUUUCCCCUACAUUCCUGGCAGGAAUCUUCCUCAGGUUCGGAAAAUCGCUCCCGAGUUCUACGACAAUCUCAUGACGCACACCUCAUGGACGAAAGUGUUGUGGGAUUUCGUAUUUUCACCAAAUAUGGGGCCAUAUAUGCGUCUGAAAAGGAGGUCUCGUGUACCUCAGAAAUUUGAGGCAAGGCAUGCGCUUCUCCAGUACUACGAGGCGGUACGUGCAUCACAUUGUUUGAUUCUUUAA